GUGUGUUUUAUUCCCUCCGCAGGUACCUGGACGCACCUGGGCCGCCGCACCUGGCCGCUCGUUAGCACAGGUGCAGUAGCAUGGUGAGGGCGGCCACACGCGGGGCGCCCCAGGCAAGAUGACCCGGCCGAUGCCCCACCCGCUCCCGGCCCGCCCCGCCCCGGCCCCGCCCCGCCGCCCGCCGCCGCGCGCGCCGCGGAGGACGUGCGUCAGAUGGCAGCACGUGGCGGUGGUGGCGGUGCUGGCCUCGUGCUGCGGGCUGGCGGCGGGCGGCGGCGGCGGCGGCGGCGCGGUGCGGUUCACUGCGCCGCUGUACAACGCGAGCGUGCCCGAGAACGCGCUGGCCAACACGGCGGUGGUGAGCGACGCCAUGAUGGGCGUGUACCUCAGCGACGCGUCGCUCAGGAUAAAGUACCGCAUCACGGACGGCGACGACAAGAACUUCUUCAAGGCCGGCAAGCGCGUCGUCGGCGACUUCUGCUUCCUGGAGCUGCGCGUGCGGCCCGACAACCACGACGUGCUCAACCGCGAGAAGCGUGACCAGUACCGGCUGCGGGUGAAGGCGCAGCACCGCCGCCACGACGGCACCAAGGAGGACCUGCCCGGCGCCGUGACGGAGGUGCUCAUCACCAUCACGGACCUCAACGACCUGUCGCCGCUCUUCAUGCAGGACGAGUACCACGUGCGGCUCAGCGAGGACACGCCGCUGCACGCCUCCGUGGGCCGCGUCAAGGCCGAGGACCCUGACGACGGCCUCAACGGGCAGAUCUACUACAGCUUCGCGCGGGCCACGCCGGUCUUCGCCAUCCACCCCACCUCCGGCGUGGUCACGCUCACGCGGCCGCUCAGGUUCUUAGAGCAGGCGCGCUACGAGCUCACGGUGCAGGCCCAGGACCGCGGCCGCCAGCAGCACGGCCGCUGGCUGCGCCCCGCCACGCUGUACGUCAACGUGACGGAGGAGAACCUCUACGACCCGCAGAUUCUGGUGACCAAGCUGCCGGAGUCGGUGCCGCGCGCCCACCUCUCCGUGGUGGCCAUCGUCAACGUGGCGGACCAGGACCGCGGCCGCAGCGGCGAGGUCAAGUCGCUGGAGAUUGUGGAGGGUGACCCGGACCGCGUGUUCCGCGUGCUGGAGGGCUCCGCCGCCAACGAGUUCAACCUGGCGGCGCUGGACACCAUCGACUGGAGCGACUCGCCCUUCGGAUUCAACCUGACGCUGAAGGCGACGGACGGCGGCACGCGCGCCAGGUUCAGCUACAAGGUGGUGCGCGUGGCGGCGCCGCCCGUGCCAGAGCAGGAGGCGGUGUUCACGCAGGAGAUGUACGAGGCCACCGUCAGCGAGAUGGCGCCCGUGGGCUCCCGCGUGGUGCAGGUUGGCCCGGGGCUGCCGGGGGCGCAGCGCCGCGUGCAGUUCUCACUGGUGGGCCACCGGGACGGCACCUUCCAGAUCGACGCCUACUCGGGCGUCAUCACCACCGCGGCGCCGCUGGACGCUGAAACGCACAUCGAGUACACCCUCACCGUGGCCGCCGCCUCCCCCGCCGCCGCCGCCGCGCCGCGCCAGCAGACCUCCGCCAAGGUGCGUGUGCGCGUACUGGACGCCAACGACAACACGCCCAUGAUCGUGGCGCCGCAGGGCGUCGUCCGCGUGGAGGAGCACAAGCCGCCGGGCGCCCUGGUGACCAAGGUGCGCGCGCAGGACUACGACUCCGGCGAGAACGGCUACGUGUCCUACAGCCUCGCCAAUGCCGACGACGUGCCCUUCCGAGUGGACCACUUCACGGGCGAGGUUGAGACCACGCGCACCCUGGACUACGAGACGGAACGCCGCGUGUGGCGCCUGCUGGUGCGCGCCUCGGACUGGGGGUCGCCCUUCCGUCGGCAAAGCGAGAAGGUCAUCACCGUGAACGUUGAGGACGUCAACGACAACAGGCCGCAGUUCGAACGCGUCGAAUGCCGCGGCUACAUCGACCGCUCGACGCCGCCCGGCACCGAGGUCGCCACGCUGUCGGCGGUGGACUUCGACCAAGGCAAUAUCAUCAGCUACCGCGUGCUGGCCGGCAACGAGGACCGCUGCUUCGAGCUGGACCCCACCUCGGGGGUGCUGACGCUGACCUGCGACCUGCACGACCUCAUGGUAUCUGAACGCGUUCUGAACGUGACGGCCACGGACGGCCAGCACUUCGCCGACACCCUCACGCUGAGCCUACAGCUCGCGCAGCACCAGAGCACCACCGCCGACUCCUACACCACGCUGGCCUGCCGCGAGGUGGACGUGGCGCAGCGCCUGGCCGAGCAGCUCGCCCGCGCCGCCGAGAACAACCGUCCCGACGACACCGUCAGCCUGCUGUCGCCGCCCUCCAUCAUAGUGAACGCCCACGCGCCCGAGCUGCAGCACCUGCCGCUGGAGGUGCGCGUGCGCGAGAACAGCGAGCCGGGCACGCUGGUGCUGCACAUGGCGGCGCUGGACGGCGACGAGGGCUACGCCGGGCACCUGGUGCACGCCAUCUCCUGGGGCAACGAGGACGCCGUGUUCGACAUGGACAUGGAGUCCGGCGCCCUCACGGUGGCGGGGCUGCUGGACCGCGAGCGUGUGGCACGCUACAACCUCAACCUGACGGUGUACGACCUGGGCCAGCCGCAGCGCUCCGCCUCCCGCCAGGUGGCCGUCACGCUCGUCGACGAAAACGACAACGCGCCGCACUUCGACAAGCCCGCCUACAGCUUCUUCCUCCCCGAGAACGUGGCCAACGGCACCAGCGUAUACGAGCUGCGCGCCCACGACCCCGACGAGGGCCUCAACGGAGUGGUGACCUACAGUCUGGCCACCGACACCCGGGACUUCCGCCUCGACCCCGUCAGCGGGCGCCUCAGCGUCGCCUGGCCGCUGGACCACGAGACCCACGAGGUGUACGAACUGCGCGUGGUGGCCACGGACGGCGGCGCGCGCUCGGCCCACGCCUACGUCACUAUCCAGGUGGCCAACAUCAACGACUGCCCGCCGGUGUUCCCGGACGAGCGGUCGACGGCCGUGCGCGUGCCCGAGGACCUGCCGCUGGGCGCGCUGGUCACGCUGGUCACGGCCCACGACCCCGACUCGCCGCGGCUGCGCUACUCGCUGCUGGGCGGCCACGAGGACAUAUUUGAGCUGGACGAGGACACGGCGGCACUGCGACUGGCGCGGCGCCUCGACUACGAGACGCGGCCAGCCUACAACAUCACCAUCCGCGCCACGGACGACGGCACGCCGCCGCUCGCCGCCACCACCUACGUCAUCGUGCAGGUGGUGGACGUGGACGAGAACGUACACACGCCCGUCUUCAUGAAGGACGUGGAGGAGGCGCGGGUGGUGGAGUCCGCGCCGCCCAACACCCUCGUCGGUACCUUCAGCGCCGUGGACGGGGACUCCAACCCCUCGGACGCCUUCGUGAGCUACUCCCUCGUGGGCCCGGAGGGGCGUGGCGUGUUCUACAUCGACCAGACGGGCUCCAUCUUCACCUCCUCCUGGUUGGACCGUGAGACCGUAUCGAGGUAUUGGCUAACCGUGCGUGCUCAGGACUCCGGCACCGUGCCCAAACAUGCGACCCUCCACGUGUACGUGGAGAUCGUGGACGUGAACGACCACCUGCCCCUCAGCUCGUGGCCCGUGUACUGGCCCGUGGUCGCCGAGAACGCGCCGCCCGGGACGAUGGUGGUCGCCGUCAACGCCACCGACCCCGACCCCGGCGCCAACAUAUCCUACGCCAUCACGGCAGGCAACCCACAGUCCCUCUUCUCCAUCGAUGCCAAGACGGGGGAGAUUCGAACCACGACUCGAAGACUGGACCGCGAGAACCAGGGGGAACAUGUGCUGGAGGUGACGGUGGCGGACGGCGAACUCGGUGAAGCCUCGACGCUCUCCUCCACCACCUACGUCGUCGUGAAGGUGCUGGACGAGAACGACCACGCGCCGCAGUUCCUGGAGCGGCUGUACAAGUUCUUCGUCCCCGUCACCCACCAGCAGAAGAGGCGCGGCACCCGUGACUACCUGGAGGACAUGCCGAUUGGACAG